GCUGCAGCAGCCAUCCAAGUCAUUCGAACCACGGUGGUAGUCAGUGAGACACACGCACACUCUCAUCCAAACACUUACUCACACUUACAAACCAUCUCGUUGUAGUCCAGAACUACUACCCUAUUACGAAACCGACCAGGCCGACAAGUGAAAUCCAUCAACCAUGCCUUUCAAGCCAGUAGAAAACCCCAAGUGCCCGAAAUGCGAAAAGUCCGUCUACGCCGCUGAAGAGCGCGUCGCUGGAGGCUACAAAUACCACAAAUCCUGCUUCAAAUGCGGACUUUGCGGUAAGAUGUUGGACUCCACCAACUGCUCCGAGCACGAGAAGGAACUUUACUGCAAGAACUGCCACGCCCGCAAAUACGGACCCAAGGGUUACGGAUUCGGCGGUGGCGCUGGAUGCUUGAGCAUGGACACCGGUGCCCACUUGGGAGGUGAUCCGAUUAUGAACCGAGUGCCGUUGGUAGCUCCGAAGGCGAUGUCGAAGGCGCCCGAAGGCGAGGGAUGUCCACGCUGCGGCGGCUUCGUGUACGCGGCCGAACAGAUGCUCGCCAGAGGACGGGCUUUCCACAAGUCUUGCUUCAAGUGCGCCGAUUGCAACAAGGGAUUGGAUUCGAUUCUGUGUUGCGAAGGUCCUGACAAGGAUAUCUAUUGCAAAGUAUGUUACGGCAAGAGAUUCGGACCUAAGGGCUAUGGCUACGGCCAAGGCGGAGGCACCCUUCAGAGCGACUGUACCCCCAACCAGUACGUAGCCAAAGAUCAAACACAAUCAUUAACAAUUCUUCGUGUUUUCUUCUUUUCAAUUCUUUUCGUCUUUUCUUUGGUUUUUGUUUGCUUUUGCGAUUUAAUAGAACUUUUGUGGUUUAGCUUGCUAUGCGCAGCGCUUUGGGCCGAGGGGCAUCGGUCAUGCCGGUGGAACAUUCCUGGGUUUGAUGUCAGACGCCUUGGAUUUGGAAUGGCAGAGGUACAAACAUCAUUCCAAAAACAAACAAAAAAAACAUCGCCAAUUAACGCUUCUUUUCAUCUUUACUUUUCUCCUAACAAUCGCAUUAGAUUUAAGUUUGUCCGAAGUAAAUUGACACUUCAAUGUCAGUAACGUCAGUUAAAAUAA